GGCCGUCACACCUGGAGAGUGACUGGCAGUGGCAGCCCGCACCCCGCAGCGCCUCACGCGACGCGGCGCAGGCUUCUCGUGGCCUUCUUCGGUUCUUCCCUCCCCCCUACACCUACAUAUCUACCAAAGCGAGCGAGUCCACCGUCGACACCACGUCAUCGGCCCCAUUCUCCUCCGUCCUCUCCCUCUCGACUUGGCGACAGGCUCUCUCUCCUACCCGAGAGGACAGACCGCACCGCCACGCACCCGGCACCCCCUCUCCUCUCUGCCGUCAUGGGACGUGCCGCGCCGUCUUCAUCGCCGAGCUCGCCGCAGCUCGGGCGCAAGCGCACGGCGGCGCCCACACCGGAGCCCCCGACACCGCAGCGCCACUGCUCCAUGGUCGACGUCAUGCGCCGCUCGCGCGCCGUCGCCGCGCCGCCCCCUGUCGCACGCGCGCGGGUGUACACCUACUACGAGACCCUUCUCUGUGAGACCUGCGGCCUCGGUGACCGCGACGACGAGAUGCUCCUCUGCGACCGGUGCGACCGCGGCUGCCAUACCUUCUGCCUCCGCCCCAUCGCCGCCAAGGUCCCCAUCGGCCCCUGGUUCUGCCCCGUCUGCGCCCCGCCGACUAUGGCCCCCAAGAGUUUCCCGGUGAAGCAGACCAAGAUCGUCGAUUUCUUCCGGAUUCAGAAGGAUGAGCAGGAUGCACAGGCCGCCAAAUGCAGGCUCUCCCAAGAUGGUAGAAGGCGAAGGAAGCGUUCUCUUGUUAUGCACAAGAGGAGGAGGAGGAUACUGCCAUUUGUUCCAUCUGAAGAUGGAGCUAGAAGACUCAAACAAAUGGCGUCUCUGGCCACUGCUUUGACGUCUUCCAAAACAAAGUUCAGUAAUGAGCUGACUUACAUGCCUAACAUGGCUCCUAGGUCUUCCAAUCUGGCAAGAUUGGAGGUAGGCGGAAUGCAGGUUCUGCCCAAAGAGGAUAAGGAAAAUAUAGAGCUGUGCAGAACCAUGCAGCAAAGAGGCGAAUGCCCUCCACUUCUCGUGGUCUUUGAUCCCCUUGAAGGUUUCACUGUGCAGGCUGACGGUGAUAUUAAGGAUAUGACCUUCCUCGCUGAAUAUACUGGGGAUGUCGAUUAUCUGGAGAACAGGGAAAAUGAUGAUUGCGACUGUAUUAUGACGCUCCUCCUGCCAGCUGAUCCUUCCCAAAUGCUGGUGAUUUGCCCUGACAAGCGGGGUAACAUUUCUCGCUUCGUCAGUGGCAUCAACAACCACACACCGGAUGGCAAGAAGAAGCAGAAUGUCAAGUGUGUGCGGUACGACAUGGAUGGAGAGAGCCAUGUUUUGCUGGUCGCCUGCCGUGAUAUAGCUUGUGGUGAGAAGCUAUAUUACGAUUACAACGGAUACGAGCAUGCGUAUCCUACUCACCAUUUCUUCUAAACACCCCCCCCCCCCCCCAAAAAAAAAAAAACAGUUUUGACCUGAACAGUAAGGUAGUAGUAAAGGAGGCUGGGUGAAAUUGAUAGAACUUUGCCAACUAAAAACCAACAACAUAUACUGAAGAGAUCCUAAAAUGAUAGACAUUGAUAGGUGCUUAGGGAACUAGUACCCUGAUUCAAUUACAGGAGCCAAUGAAGAGGAAUUGCCAUUGUCUCUGCUCUCCAGAUGCAUCUUCCCAUUCAUAUUCUUUCUUUUUUGUUAUAUAAGAAAAUGCAGAGGAAAAAGAAGAAGAAUGUUGCAGUUGAGUUAACUGUUGGCCUGUUGCUGGUUCAAGGCACAUGGCCGUCUCUAUAAUGUUCUGUCUACUUUCACCGUUUGCGGUUGUGCUCCUUACACACAGUAUGUGUGUGCAUUGAUGUGCACUUGAGGCUAGGAUAUCACAAAAGAGGUUCAAGUGAUAUCACACUGUUUUAGAGUUUGCAGAUCCGAAAGCCUAAACAUCACAGACUCACAUUACUACAUAACAUAAUGAGGGAAUUGCAUGGUUACCUCACUCCAGGAUGUCACUUUGUUUUUAUCUUUUUUUUAUAUAAAAAAGUUUAUAUGUA